AUGAAAAGAACAACUCCCUCCCCUCGAGACGGCUAUGACAUCGCGCUAUACGGAAUAUCCGACGGUACAUUCUACGGGAUCCACAUUCCCGCAAUAAUAUGCAUCGUCACGAGCUUCACGUGCGCAUUCGUGACCCUUGUUCUGUCCUUCUGGAGCAAGAGUUACCGAACGUUUUUCUCGAGCUGGUCAAAAAGUGACAGAUUUGUAGUCUACAUGGCUAUGUGUGAUGGACUGUUCAAUAUGUCCCACUUUUCUGACCACAUGCACAUAUUGAUUGCAAGGAGCCAUGUUUACCCCAGAGGUCUGUGUAAAUUCUAUGGAUUCAUCUGUUACUUUGAUGGAGUGAAAGGCAGUACAGCCCAGAUGUGGUUCACCACUGUACCUAUACUUCUCAUCUUUUCUACUAACGCCGUUCUCUACUUUCUGACAUGGCUCAGAAUACGUCAGGAGACUGAAAUAAUAAUGCAAUCACUUGGAACCCAGUGCACUACGAGAAAGGCCAGUAUACGAGCGGCCCAGGCCAUGUUGCUGUUGGUGGUGGCCUUCUCCAUCCAGUGGGGGGCUUUGAGCCUCUUUGGACUAUGGAACUUAAUCACGGCAAAGGUCCCACAGCCAUUAUAUUACAUUGUUGUCAUACUUUCAAACAUUGGAGGUGUUCUUAACCUCGUUGUUUUCUUGAUUAUACGACGCCGACAGCGUGGGACUAGAAAGUCCGACGAAAAUAUCAACACUCCUGACACCAAUCCUUCUACCUCGCGGAUGUAG